AUGCCGUUGAUUGAUUGGCAGAAUCGAAAGGUGGGGCUAUUCAUGGUGGGGUUGGUCGGCUUCGGAGCAAAUCCGAAGUCUACCUUAGGUAUUUUUGUCUCGCUGACUUCCACACCAGUUGACUGUGUCACCGCGGCAAUUUACCUGGGCAGACCAAAUCGCGACGAUGCGAUGUCUUCCGCCCUCGAACGUUUGCACCAGCAAGACCUUGCCGAAGAGAUCGAAGCGAUAAACGCAAUAUACGAGCCCGAUACGAUCGAAAUCAAUACAAUCAGUCAAGGCACGACUGCGGACAAUGGAGCACGAACUCUAGAUCUGGGAAAUACUACUUCUGAGACAUCUACUCUUACGACGACUAUACGAUUACGUAUUCCAGAACACCCCCAUUUGUCUUUUAUAGUCGGCUUCGACGAUGAGUAUCCAGAAACGCCUCCCCGGGUAACUGGGACAGCAUCGACUUCCUCACGUGGCGAAGGAAGUCUAGCUGUUGAUGUACUUCGGGGUAUUAUCAGCCGUGCACAUCAGCCGGGACAAGUCUGCCUUUUUGAAGUGAUCAGCGAGGCGAGCGAAAAGUUCUCUGAACUGAGCAUUGGUGGGACAGCAACAGACGCCGAAAAUGCAGCGAAAGAAAACCGAGAUGGAGAGGAUGAUGCUGCAGAUGAGCAUCUCGACAAAACUGCUGAAGAUUUCAUGACGCUUUCUUUACAAGACGCAUUCGGCAUCGACAGUCCCCCCGAAUGGGUUCUGUCCGAUGUCGUGACAGAAAAGAAAUCAGUCUUUGUCGGUCGCGCCGUACCUGUUACCAGUAGAGACCAAGCAAAAGCAUAUCUAGACUAUCUUCUCGCAACAGACAAGAAAGUUGCAAGUGCAACACACAACAUCAGCGCGUGGCGCAUUCGUGAGAAGAAAGGCGACGCCACAGAAAGAACGUUUCAGGACAGCGAUGAUGAUGGGGAAACGGCUGCGGGUGGACGUUUGCUACAUCUUAUGCAGUUAAUGGAUGUUUGGGAUGUGCUAGUGGUUGUUACGAGAUGGUAUGGGGGUGUUUUGUUGGGACCAGAUAGAUUCCGAAUCAUUAACAAUGUCGGAAAAGAUGCGCUUAUCAAGGCAGGGUAUCAAAAAGAGACAUCUAGUGCCAAGGACAAAGGCAAAAAGAAGGGCAAGAAGUGA